CCUCAUUCAUCAACCCGCAAACAAUAUCUUUCCCUGGCUCUGGCAUCUCUGCGCGUCGCCCUCUUUUCCCCGUUUACGAUUUCUGUUCCUCUCUUAAUUUACCGUGAAGACUAAUUCCACUUCCAUUCACGCUAUGUCAACCAUCUAAUCCCCCCUUUUUGUAAGGGGAAUUCCUCGGCCCCUUUUAAACAAGUCCCCUCCGCAUUGAGCUACAAUUUACUGCUACAGCAUUCUUCCAGGGCUAAUGAAUUUAGAAUUAGCAAUUUCUUUCGAAUGGAGCCGAAUGAAUGCGAUCACUUUAACAGCGUGACAAAUUGCCGGCCGCGCCGCAAUGGACACCGUUUAACCCCCCCUUUCAGCCGGCCCGCUCGCCGGGUAUUUUCCCAGGUAGCUUAGAGGGGAACCUUGUAAGACACGGAGGCCGCCCCUGUGCGCCUCGCCGCUCCCAGCCCGGCCGCAGAGGCCCGACAGGGGAACCUUCGAGGAGCUGGGGGCCGCCGCGGCUCCUCCCCGCCCAGAGAGACGACAUCGGGGUUUGUCUGAGCCCGGGCGCCGCCCUCCCUGGCACCCCAGGGCCUGGGAGCAGAGAGGGACUGGGGCGCGCCCGGGGUCACACAGCGAGCGCAGAGCCUGGCCAGCUGCUGCCGGUGCUUCUUUGGCACCUCCAACACCUGCCAGCCAGAGGUCUGUCCCCAGCGCUGAUCACGGCUCGGCUCCUCUGCCAGUGCCCAGAGCCUGGACGCACAGUGGGCUCCCGGAACCCGACUAGGCGAAAGAGUCUCCGGUUGGCCUUCACCUCCUUGCAGGAUCUGGCCUCAGUUUCCCCGUGCAUAAAACCGCUAGCUGCUGUUGGCUCAUUAAUUCUUAAACUUAUCCGGGGCAGAGGAUGGAAGAAGUUGUGAAUGCUUUGAGAAUUCGCGGAGAGACUAAAAACCCGCUUCUAAAAAUGAUCCCCAACGCACCACUCGCUUUCCAGGGCACGGAGGGUCCCCAGGUUGCAAACAGAGGAGAGGUCGUUGAGCCUCCGCACAUCCGACUGCCCCCAACACCCGGGUGGCUUCUCUGGAUUUGGGGCCGACUUGGGUUUGGCCGGUCUGGUCAGGACCGAAGCCGGGGUCCCGGCGGGGAAGGAAGGGCCGGGCCUCGGCUGCCUCGGGCUCUGACCGGUUUUCCUGGCCCCGCCGCCGCAGAAGUGCAGAAGCUGUCCAGCCUGGUGCUGCCAGCGGAGGUGAUCAUCGCUCAGAGCUCCAUCCCUGGCGAGGGCCUCGGCAUCUUCUCCAAGACGUGGAUCAAGGCGGGAACCGAGAUGGGCCCCUUCACCGGCCGCGUGAUCGCACCGGAGCACGUGGACAUCUGCAAGAACAACAACCUGAUGUGGGAGGUGUUCAAUGAGGAUGGCACGGUGCGCUACUUCAUCGAUGCCAGCCAGGAGGACCACCGGAGCUGGAUGACCUACAUCAAGUGUGCACGUAACGAACAGGAGCAGAACCUGGAGGUGGUCCAGAUCGGCACCAGCAUCUUCUACAAGGCCAUUGAGAUGAUCCCGCCUGACCAGGAACUGCUGGUGUGGUACGGAAACUCACACAACACCUUCCUGGGGAUCCCUGGUGUGCCCGGGCUAGAGGAGGACCAGAAAAAGAACAAGCAUGAGGACUUCCACCCGGCGGACUCGGCGGCGGGCCCCGCGGGCCGCAUGCGAUGCGUCAUCUGCCACCGCGGCUUCAACUCGCGCAGCAACCUGCGCUCGCACAUGCGCAUCCACACGCUGGACAAGCCCUUCGUGUGCCGCUUUUGCAACCGCCGCUUCAGCCAGUCGUCCACGCUGCGCAACCACGUGCGCCUGCACACGGGCGAGCGCCCCUACAAGUGCCAGGUGUGCCAGAGCGCCUACUCGCAGCUGGCCGGCCUGCGCGCCCACCAGAAGAGCGCGCGGCACCGGCCGCCCAGCACCGCGCUGCAGGCGCACUCGCCCGCGCUGCCCGCCCCGCACGCACACGCGCCCGCGCUCGCCGCCGCCGCCGCCGCCGCCGCCGCCGCCGCGCACCACCUGCCGGCCAUGGUGCUGUGAGCGCGCCCGCGCCCCCGCCGGGCCCCGCGCGCUCCUGGGCCCCCGGCACCCCGGCACCCCGGCCCCGCAGCGCGACUCGCCCUCCCGCCCCAAACCCCGGCCCGGCGCCGCCGCGGAGCCCCGCGCCCUGGGGUUGCGCCCCGGAGGCGGACCUCAGGCACCCCCGCCUUGGCCUGUGUCGCAGAUGAGGACACUGAGGGCGGCGUCCCUCACCCAGGCCACGCAGCUGGUGCGGCUGCUCGGCCGCCCCCUCUGGGAAGGGGUCCCCCUGCCUGGCCUCGCCCCCGAGUCUCCCCGCUGCUGUAGAGCCGGGCGCCCAGGCCGGCAUCCCCCUCGUGGGUGGCAGGAGAGCGGACUUAGAGCCCCCGAGGGCCCCUCAGCAGAGGAAGGGGAGUCCCCUCCUCCGCCACCGAGAGUCCCGUGCUUCGGAAUGAAGGGAGGGCGACCUCUUUGUCCGGGUGCAGCCGGGCGCGGGGGUUGUGGGGGCGCCAUCUCCUCUUCCGGCCCCUGGGACUGGUGUCCUGAAGUGUCGGGAGUCCUUACGCAACCUUGACAGGUGCGGGCCACUGGGGUCCAUCGGCAGCCGGAAGAGACCCGGAGAGACCUGCGUCUUCUGGGCCCUUCUCUUCUUUAGGCCAACUUAUCCCCAAACCUGGCUCCUGGGGAUGGAUGAGGAAGGAGCUCUUUGCAGUGCACCAGGCACGUUGAGAGUGGAGGCACAACGGACAUCCUCUGUAGGACCCCGAGCAAGACCCUGCAUCUCUUUGGGCCUCAGUUUCCCCAUCUGUAAAAUGAGGGAGUUGGACCAAUGACCCCUCCCCUUCAGCUGUGACAUCGUGCCUGAGAAAGCGAAAGUUCCCCCAACCCCUUCCAACACACGCACUCCAGCGAGAGGAGGGCAAGACUGGAACCGCUGCCCGAGAGGUGAAGGUGGCUUCUGUGGCCAGGAAGCGCUUCCGAGCUGUGCCCAGUCCCGGGAGUUCCGCCCCUUCUGCCCACACUUCCCUCGGUCCCGGCCCAAGUUUCCUCAAAUUCGGGCCAUGCGCGCCCUCUGGUGUCGCCUCUCAUACCUUGCAGUCAUUUACCAGGAUUCCCGUAGGGCGUUUUGUA